UUUGAAAUUAAAGAGUAUAGACUUGAUAAUUGUUGAUGGCUAAUGUAUGCUAACUGGAAUCCCAAAACAGGUGAGAAGUCAAUUGUGUUUGUGUCUUCCUGAUGUACUGCGAAGUUUUCAAGGAACACCGCUAUUUGCCCCUGCAACCAAACAGAUUACCGACUUGUUGAAUAAGUAUCCUCCACUAGUGGACUGUGAUGAAAAUGCUAGUGCAUCUGUUCGCUCCCAACAAGCCAAGGCCUUGGGUAGUUUGCAUGUUGUGAAAGUACCUCUUUCCCUUUUGUCAGCCGAUGACAGAACUGCUGUGCUUGUCUACUUUAAAACUCUCUUGGAACUGAACCAAUUCUUUGUUACCGCACCGAUCAUUGAUGGUUUGUAUAGACUUUGUCUCGACCCAUCUGCAUAUGUUUCUCCUGAAUUGUUGCUCGAUCUAGUACUCUCAUUAUGCCUUCUUGUCACCCAAGAUAAUCUGAUGUGCAUCCCGGUAACUACAGCUGGUUUUCUCAGUAUUGGACUGACGAGAGUUUAUUCCUUUAACCGGAAAGUCUGUGAAAUUAAUCUCCCUAUUGUGUUUGAUGCACUCAAAGUGAUAUUGGAAGACCCUAACUCAAGCUACAUUCCUGAUCCGGUGCAUGCAUUCAGGUGUCUAAUUCAUGCUUGUAUUGAUGAAAGCUUAAUCAAAGAGGGAGUUGACCGUGUGGUGAUGAAUGCAAGCAUGGGUGAUGGAAUCAAGUCUGAGCCAACUAUAAUUGAAAAUUUGUGUGCUACUAUUGAAAGCCUGCUUUAUUCAAAGCCUAAUAUUCAAUGCCCGCGUGAUUAUCGCAUGUUUACUUUCUUUACCUGGGCCCCUGCAUUUGAUGUUGUUUCAACAAUGUUCGAGAAACUAGGGCCGUACUCUUCUUUUCUGAUGAGGGGUACACUGAAGACUUUGGCAGACAUGCAGAAAUUGCCUGAUAGAGAAUUCCAUUUCAAGGAAGUGAAGAUUAAGCGUCUUCUGGAAAAGCUUGUUCAGAAAUAUGGGCUUGAUGCUAUUAUGGCCUUUAUGCCUCAAGAACUCAAGAAUCUGCUUGUAGAGACCAAUGAAAAGGCUUCUAAACCUGUGGAAGUGAUAUCUCAUGUUCUGGGAGCAACUGCAGUCAGGUCUGAGAGUAGCAAUAAUAGAAUGCACGUUAAAGCACUUGGACCGUGCAAGAAUUCAAAAUGGAAAAGGGAUAUUCAAGGUAAUGGGUUGCGUGAUCGGCUAGCUAGGAGUAGAGCUAAGAGAGAGAUGACAAACAGGAUGUUGGGUGCAGCUGUGAUGGCAAAGGAGCUAAAAAUCUAG